CUCUCUCUCUCCCUCUCUCGCACUCUGCCUCUCCUCAAAGGCUGUUCCACAGCGGAAAAUAUGCUCAGUGCAGCUGAGUGCAUGCAGGAAAAUACCUCCGGCAGCUUCUAAGCUAACACAAUGCAGCACAACGUUCAACUUACGGUUGCCUUCCUCCUCUGCCAGGUGCUGCUCCCUACGUACACAAAGGAUUUAGAAUGCACUCCGGGAUUUCAGCAAAAGGUUUUUCACAUUGAACAUUCGUCCGCAUUCACAGUGGGCCAACCAAUUCUGAAUUUGGUAUUUGAUGACUGUCAAGAAAAUCACAAAUUGAACUUUGAAGUUUCCAGCCCAGACUUCAGGGUGGAACCCAAUGGAGCUUUAGUUGCACUGAGAAAUCUAUCAGAUGCUGAGAGUGCUUUAGUCAUCCACGCACAGUCAGCCUGGGCAGAAGAUACAGUGGAGGUAUUGAUUGUUGGCAGAAAAGAAAAAUCUGGUUCUUUAAAGGAGCUCCUUAAAGCAGAAGAUGGCCUUGGAAGCAUACGGCAAAGAAGGUCCAUUGUUGCACCUCCAAUCUUAAUUCCUGAAAAUCAGAGACCCCCCUUUCCAAAACUUGUAGGAAAGGUGAUAGACAUUGACCGGCCGGACGGUUCAAAGUUUCGAAUUUUGGGGAAAGGAGUCGAACAGGAGCCAAAGGGAGUUUUCAAAAUCAUUGAGGGCACAGGAGAGGUCUUCGUAACACAACAACUUGACAGAGAAGCCAUUGCUACAUAUGAGCUGCAGGUAGAGGUCACUGAUGUCUCUGGGAAGGCAAUAGAAGGUCCGGUCCCUUUUGAAAUUAUCAUAAUAGAUCAGAAUGACAACAGGCCCAUCUUUCGGGAAGGACCAUACAUUGGACAUAUCAUGGAAGGAUCUCCAACAGGAAGUACUGUUAUGCGGGUGACAGCAUCUGAUGCAGAUGACACUUCUACAGAUAAUGCCGUGCUGAGAUACAACAUUCUGAAGCAGACACCAGACAAACCAUCUCCAAACAUGUUCUACAUUGACCCAGAGAAAGGAGACAUUGUCACAGUGGUAUCUCCAGCCAUGUUGGACCGCGAAACAUUGGACAAUCCAAAAUAUGAGCUCAUCAUAGAAGCAAAGGACAUGGCUGGACAUGAAGUUGGGUUGACCGGGACCACCACUGCAACAAUCGUCAUUGAUGAUAAAAAUGACCAUGCACCAGAAUUCACCAAGAAAGAGUUCCAAGCCACUGUCAAAGAAGGCAGCACCGGUGUGAUUGUGAAUCUAACCGUUGAAGAUCGAGACGACCCGGCCACAGCUGCAUGGAAGGCAGUUUACACCAUCAUCAAUGGCAACCCAGCCCAGAGCUUCAAAAUCCACACCAAUGCCGAGAACAAUGAAGGGAUGUUGUCAGUUGUCAAGCCUUUGGAUUAUGAGAUCUCAGCCUUCCACACGCUCCUGAUCAAAGUAGAAAAUGAAGACCUCUUGGUUCCGGAUGUCCUGUAUGACACCAGCUCUACAGCCACUGUUCAGAUCACCGUUCUAGAUGUUAACGAGGGGCCCAUUUUCCACCCUAAUCCAAUGGUUGUCACCAAACAAGAGAACAUCCCCAUUGGAAGUGUUGUCUUAACAGUUAAUGCCACUGAUCCAGACACUUUGCAGCAUCAAACUAUAAGAUACUCCACCAACAGAGAUCCAGCAGACUGGUUGGAAAUUAACCCUACCAAUGGAACCAUUCGUACCAAGGGCAUGUUUGAUCGCGAAUCCCCUUCCGUCUUGAACAAUGUCUACACCGCAUCUUUUUUGGCAAUAGACAGUGGUAGCCCUCCAGCUACAGGUACAGGAACGUUGCAGAUUAUCUUGGAGGAUGUGAACGACAACGCCCCGUCUCUUUACCCAACGGUAGCCAGUGUCUGUGAAGAUGCGAAAGAUGUGAAAGUUGUCAUUGGUGCCUUAGAUAAAGACAUUCACCCCAAUCAAGAGCCCUUCAAAUUUGAGUUGAGCAAACAAUCAGGUCAAGAUAAAGUAUGGAAGCUUACCAGAAUUAACAAUACCCACAGCCAAAUUGCCGUGCCCCCCAAUUUGAAGAAGGCCAAUUAUAUCAUCCCCAUCUUGGUGACGGAUCCUGGAACACCUCCUCUAAGUAACAAUACGGAACUGAAAAUCCAAGUGUGCUCCUGCACAAAAUACAAAGUUGACUGUAGUGGUUCUCCUACAUUUUACACCAGCACAGUUCUGAUCUUCCUCUGGCUCUUCAGUUUAUGCUGUCUGUAAGAACUCCUGACAUUCAAAGCUGGCCUAUCGUUUCACCAUGGUGACAAGCAAAAGGCGUACUAUCCCAAACAGAAGAUCACCUCUGACUUAUUCAACUCCUCCUUCUCCAAAGCUUGGUUGCUUCAGAAAGGGCCUUUCUCGACUUCAGCUUGAUGUCCUCCCAGCAACUGGAUUGUAUUAGACAAAAGUUGCCACGACUUCACUCCAGAUUCCUUCCUCAAGAGCAUUGGACACGAUGA